CUCGCGUCUGAAAUCCCGUGUGCGAGGCGCGCGCUAGCCAUCCUCCCACCCACACCGCGCCACCGUCAAGCGUCUCCACGAGCAUCAGUAACACCAAAAGAAACGGAUUCAGCAAUCAUGCGGACGCGCGCUGAAUACGCCUGUCCGCCCCGCGCCUCCCUUCCCGAACCAAGUCCUUAAAUGACCCACGGCCACUAAGGAGCUCGCGCUUUCCCCGUCCGGAUCAUGGCAUGCGCCCCAUCCCGGACUUCCACACGCGCGGCGCCGAGGUUCGAGAGCAGUGAACAUGGGGAUCAGGUCCAGAAAUGCCGCUAGCGGGGCCGAGGACUCCCGCGAGCGGAAGAGCGGGCUGGCCGGAGAGCUGGAGCAAUGCGCGGUGCAGGAGAGGGACGGCGCGCUGCUGCUCGUCGGUUCGGCCAGGGAAGCGGACUUUAAACGGGGCUCGCAGAACAUCGGUCUGCUCGCCAAGACGCCCCUGGGCUACACUCGUCCCGUGAAGAGGAAUAACAUCAGGAAGCGGCGGAUCCAGAACCUCAUCUACGAUGCGCUCGAGAGACCGAGAGGAUUGGCGCUGCUCUACCACGCGUUUGUGUUUCUGAUCGUUUUAGGAUGUCUCAUUUUAUCGAUUUUAUCAACGUUUAAAGAACACGAGAAAGACUCUGCUUACGGGCUGUUCAUUCUGGAAGCGUCUACUAUCGUUAUUUUUGGGGGAGAGUACGCAUUGAGGAUAUGGGCUGCUGGCUGCUGCUGUCGAUAUAAGGGCUGGAGAGGGCGACUCAAAUUUGCCCGCAAACCCCUGUGUGUCCUGGAUAUCUUUGUGCUGAUCGCUUCGGUACCUGUGGUUGUAACCAGUAACCAGGGAAAUGUGUUGGCCACGUCGCUGCGCAGUUUGCGUUUCCUGCAGAUUCUUCGGAUGCUACGGAUGGACCGCCGUGGAGGAACCUGGAAACUGCUGGGAUCUGCAAUAUACACACACAGCAAGGAGCUGAUCACAGCAUGGUACAUCGGUUUCCUGUCAUUGAUCUUGGCUUCUUUUCUGGUCUACCUGGUUGAGAAAGAUGACAACUCCACAGAACUCCCAAAUUUCGAUGGCGAGUCCCCAACACCAACCCCACAGGACUUUGACACCUAUGCAGACGCCCUCUGGUGGGGACUGAUCACCUUGACAACCAUUGGUUAUGGUGACAAAACCCCAAAGACAUGGGCUGGGCGUCUUCUGGCCGGGACCUUUGCUCUUAUUGGUGUGUCGUUUUUUGCUCUUCCAGCUGGUAUUCUAGGUUCUGGGCUUGCUUUGAAAGUUCAGGAACAGCACAGACAGAAACACUUUGAAAAACGUAGACAUCCUGCAGCUUCAUUAAUACAGGCUGCAUGGAGAUAUUAUGCCACAAAUCCAAUCAGAGAAGAUCUCAUAGCCACAUGGAGGUUCUACGAGACUGUGAUAUCUCUGCCAUGCUUCAGGAAGGAUCCUCUUGAGGUGAUGGCAAGCCAGAAACUGAGUUUGUUGGAUCGCGUGCGCUUGUCGACUCCAAGAUCGUCAAACGUGAGGGCGCGCGUGAUGAUGCCCGCUGCGAAUCCUGAGAAUGUGUCGGGGAACUGCGGGCCGGCGGAGACCGCAGAGGAAAGUCCAUCAAAAGAGGGAAAACCAGCGGGGUUCAGUAACAGAGAGAGAUUUCGAACAGCUUUCAGAAUGAAGGCCUACACCAUGAGACAAAGCUCUGAGGAUACAAGUGCUCUGCCUGACCCCACCCCGGAGGAGAAGGGCUUCCCGCCUGAUAUACUGAUGGAGGAAAUGAUACCAACUCUCAAAUUAGUAAUAAGAGCAGUGAGGAUUAUAACAUUCCUGUUGACUAAGAAGCAUUUCAAGGAGACCCUGAGGCCAUACGAUGUGAAGGAUGUGAUUGAACAAUACUCUGCGGGACAUCUGGACAUGCUUACCAGAAUCAAAUAUCUACAGACACGAAUAGAUCUGAUUCUGACACCUGGACCAUCUCUCACUCCAAAACACAAGAAACCCCAGAAAGCACCAUUUCCAUACUCCACCCAACAGUCACCAAGACAUGAGUCAUAUCUUGCCAAAGCAGGCCUUCCAGAUGCCGAAGACCAAAGCAUGAUGGGUAGAUUUGUGCGUGUUGAAAGACAGGUGGAAGACAUGGAAAAGAAACUGGAUUUCCUGGUGGAUAUGCAUAUGCAACAUGACUUCACAGGCCCCGCCCACAUGACCAUGGAGCGCUGCGACCCCACUUUGACUGUCAGUGUUGCAGGAGACUGCGUUUACUGCAGCUACGCCCCACCAAUACACAACACACCAUAUUAUUCACACUCGAACGCACACCCCCAGAGACCCACGGUCCUGCCUAUUAGCCCACUGCCAAGCCACUCCCCAUCCUCUAACGUCAGCCAAUCGGGGGGCCAGAGGGUGGGCACCCCGCUAUCCCUCCUGUCAGUCACUCACGAAGAGCUUGAACGUUCGCCCAGCGGGUUCAGCAUCUCCGCAGAGAGAGAGGAUGUCACAGGCAAGACCUCCGGGUUACCGGGAGGGUCAAGCUGGGGUCGUGACCGCCGACAUUUGGCCGAGGGGGAAACGGAUACGGACACCGAUCCCUUUACCCCCAGCGGACCUGUGCCAGCCUCGUCAACCGGAGACGGGUUCCACUCCGAUGGAGUGUGGGGAACCCCACCUUAAAGACUCGCACACACACUUUCUUUAUAACGACUGCAGACUUUGUACAGCAAAAGACGACACGUAAUUACACGCGCACGGACAUUACUACUCAUCGUAUCUAAAUAUGUAUUCACUUCACGCUUUACCCCUGCGAAGCAAAAGAGCACUGCAUGGAAUGCAUGCGUUUUAUCUCUAGUGGUAGAUACUGCCCUCGGCAGACCGAGAUGUGUGAUUGAUUAUACUUGACUGGAAACUUUUAGAAAGGAGAGAAACAACCGAUGCUAUGCCAUUUUUGUAAACAUUUAUUUUUCUAUUUACACGUGUUUUCAUAAGCAUGGAAUGCAUGACAUCCACAGAGCAGCUAAAUGUAUUGAGGUCUCCUCUGGUUUGCACUUGCUUUCGUUUCUACAACUUCAGUUCGAGGAGAAAUCUCACAAGCUUGCUUUUUUAUUUUAUGGUCGUAAUUCCAGAAAGCUUUUGCACGCAGCUUGUGUCCCGACUGACAGUCCGUUCGGCGCACACUGCACUCUGUGGAAAAUCUCUUAAGCACACUCACAUUUUUGCAGAAUUAAGAUGUUAUGGAAAGUCACCACCAUAGCUGUUUAGGGACCAAAAAACAAAUUACUCCAAGAUUCCACUCUGCCUCAGUUAGGAAUUCCUUAAGGAAAAUAUUGUUUGCCCUUAAUCCAACAGAUGAGCACAUCCCCUCUGUAAAUGUCACAGAAAACUGCUUGCCUGCAUAAAGAGUAUUCCCACAGCAUCAUGGGACCAAUGUUUCCAUGGUAACCACAGCUUCAUUGUGGUUAACCUACAUCUAAUACAUAAACCGUUUCAGGGCAAGACAGGAGUUGCUUGGAGACAUUUAAAAAAAUUUACAUUUUUAAUCCUUAACAGCAGGAAUAUUGUUUAACGCUGACCUUCAAAUUACAGUAUUCCUCACUCACUUACUUUACAACAAAUACAUAGGUCUUCCAAAAGGUUUUAUGUGAAACAGAACCUUUAAAGUAAACCUGCGUAAAUUUACUGUUCAAAUGUAAGUGUUUUGUCUUUUAAAAUUAAUAUAAUGCGUGAUGUCAACUUCUGAAUUUCGAGUUCUCUUACCAAUGUCUAAAUCUCUUGCUUUGAUGUUUUCUCCCACAUUCGACAAUGUCUAAAUUUAACCAAGUCUCUGGCUAGAAAACAUCAUUUGUGCUGCACUGAGUAUAGCUCGACUGAGGAAGACAUUUUUGUCUACGGGCCUGUUUACACAUGGUAUUAAAGGGAGAGUUAACUCAAAAAUUAAAAUUGUGUCAUAAUUUGCUCACCCUCAGGUUGUUUUAGAUCUGUAUGCAUUUCUUUUUUUUAUGAAAACAGAAGAUAUUUUGAUAAAUGAUUGUAGCCACUUCCAUAGCAGAAAAAAACUAAUCUUCUAUUUUAUUUUAUUUUAUUUAUAUUCUAUUUUAUCAAAAUAUCCUCAUCAUCCUUUAUCACAAUACUUCUAUAAUAUUUGUUUUUCCUAUGAAAGUCAAUGGUUUCCACCAGCUGUGUGCUUAUUAUCAUUUAUCAAAAUAUCUUCUUUUGUGUUUAUCAGAAAAAAAUCCUACAGGUCUAGAACAACAUAAGGGUGAGUAAAUUGAGACAGAAUUUUCAUUGUUGAUUGAAAUAUCCUUUAAGAUGUGCUUGGGUCAAUCGGAUAACAAGUGGAUGACGCUAAAAAUAGGUGUUAAUGGGAUGUAAACCAUUUUGAGCUUGUCCACUUUCGACUACUUACGGAGGUAGUCGAAAACCCCUUUGACCGAAUUGCUUUUGCGGUAUAGACGCGCAUGUGGUUGAAUGUGUUUGAACAGUGACAAAAACUGCCUACUCUCCUCCUACUGAUCUAACGUGUGAUGUUAGAUACGGAAGUGACUUAGGGCGCACUCACAUUAUCCAAACCAAACCAAACCAAACCAUGCCCCAGCGCAAUUGUCACCCCUCCCCACUCCCCCAGGUGCACGCACUCACACUUUACUUUUUAUCGAUUCGAGUCCGGGCGCGCUUUCGUCAUUAAGAUGCGAUUGUUUUGAAAAAAGUAGGAAGUAAAGCUCUGUCUUAACACUGGAACCCACCAUAAUGAUAAGUCUGUGUUUUUUAUUACAGACAGCCCUCUCACAUGUCAUCAUAUUGCUUAGUUGAUCUGUCACGUGUGCAGCUCGGACAUCCACGUAACCCCGCUGCUCGCAUCAAAAGGUUUUUACGGAAGCAGACGAAGGUGAGUGGUCGCGCAACUGACGUCUUCACCUUUUGAAUCGCACUCAGGCGCGAUUGCGCUCACACCACAGCCUUCCGCGUCUCAGCCCAAGUGAACCGCGCUCCGGCCCACCUCUGCAACCCGGCCGCGGCGCGAUUAACCAAUCCGCGCCGGGCGCGGAACAGAGCGAUCACACUAGUCAAACAAACCAGGCUUUGGGGGUCAAACGUGCCCGAGCGCGGUUUGGUUUGGAUAGUGUGAGUGUGCCCUUAAGUGCAAUUCAUCGACGGGCUGCUAGAGACUGGCUCCCAUAGACCCCCAUGUUAAAAUGCUGCUGUCACUACCAUUGAGCUUGGUUUCACCAACCAGCCACCUUAGCUUAACCCACGUCCCGCCUCUUUAACUAUUUUCGGUUAUGCGCGAGUGAUGCGCGUUGACAUGCAGUCAAGAUGGCGACAGCAGGCUUUGCCAAUUAUUGGCUUCAAAAAAGCUCUUCACAAACCCAUGGGUGAUGUCACGGACACUACGUCCUUAUUUUUUACUGUCCAUGGAUGUACCAAGCACAGUGUUCUUACAUCUGUGCAAACUUCUAGUGCGAACCCACAGUGUUUGGUGUGGUCUAGGAUAUCAUUGCUAAAACAAAAACGCCUGCUCCCCGCCACUUUAAUUUUUGUUUCAUUUUGCGAGCUUGUGAGUUUAUUUCAAGUUGCUUGAUCUUAUUUCAUCAAUUGCUCUAAAAUAUCUGAGAAAGCUCUUACAUAUACAAGUACAAAACCUUGUGCAGCAUGUUUACUAACCACACAAACAGCGGUGCUCUGACUUAAUAUUAACUCUUUCCCCGCCAUUGACUAGUUAUCUCUUCAAUUAAGAGUAAAUCCAUAUUUACGCUAUUAUCCACUAGAUGGCACUCUUACCCAACUUAUAAAACACUGAAGCAUCUACUUAGCCCAAAAACGUAAAAAAUCUGUGUAUGUUUUGAUCAUUGCUCUGAAUCUGAUCUUUAACAACAGUCCUUUGCAAAAAUGCAAUAAUCUCAGCUUUUUGCUCAAAAUUUGGUAUUGUCAAAGAAACCCACCCAUAUUAUGGGAGGGGAUAAAAAGAGAACAAAUGAAGAUAGGAUAAAACUUUUUUUUGAAAGCAGAGGGUCUGUUCAUUUAUUUGAUAAAUUGUAUGUUUAUAUAAAGAAGAACAUUUUCUGUAAGGCAUUAAACUUUUUUGAAAAUCAUAAAAAAUGCUGGCGCUGGCUGGCAACUUUUUUUUAAAGUGCUUGCGUGGAAAGAGUUAAUGUGCAUCACUUUAAACCCUUCAUUUCUCCCGCUUGUGUUUUAACAAAAACCAAGUGACUCACGCAUAGGACAAAAGUGGUCAAAAGAGAGAUAUUUAAAACACCAGUUGUGAAGAAACAUGCAUCGCUCUUGUCCACUUGUCAUCCGCAUCUUAAUACCAGGUGUAAGCAGACCCUAACAGGGUCUUGCUAUAUAAGUGUAGGGUUGAACAUAGUUAAUGCCUGUCUGUGUCAUCAAAAACUGUUUUGAGUUUCUCAUCUCACUCACCCGACCCCAGAGAUGCUUAACAAAUCUUCAUCAAUUUGCACAACUGUAACAAAUGCAUCACAUGCAUUUUUAGGAUUCAACGAAGAUAGUAGUUUCUAAUUUUGAAGACAUAGCACUGAAUUUACAGAAUAAAAGAGAGUACAAAAGCCAUACUAUGAAAAAUAACAUUUGUCCUAUUUACAUCUAUCUAGCAUUUAUUUUAUGGACAGUAUUGAAUAUGGAUUAUUAUCCCACACUAAAACCUAUUUAAUUUAACCUAGCCUAACACUGCUGUCCAUCCCUGUCUAACAGAACUGCCUUUGCCUUAGACUUGAAACUAUCAAUGAUAACCUGCAGACUAAACACAAAAGCUGUUUCAGAUGAAUGACUGUGUCUGGUUUUCUUUAUGACUAAUGGCUGCUGUCUCUGAUCUCAAACCACUGAGACACACUGAUACACUGCUGUUUAUUGUUUGUGCCUUGGUCUUUUAAAGCAGCAGUCGCUGUCAAUCGCUCAUAUGUUCUCAUUCUGUUUAUCAUGAAUCAAACCUGCCAUUAUUUUGCUUUUUAGGCCAUCCAUACUCAUUUUGCUCUCGUCGGUAUCAACCAAGAUUUCGCUCACUUUACUAGGACCAUUUCGGUUUUUAAAACCCAGCAAAUAAUGUUUUUCUUCUUCUUGGUUUUAGAUGAACUGAUUUCACACUAGUGGCCUUCUAAGCUCUUAUAUUCAUUCCAGUUUUUGAAUAAUCUUUAUUUACAUUCUGGUCAAGGCCAGUUUUAAUCGUUUAAUUUGACGAGAUAAUAUGCAAAUGUUAUGACUAACUUAUGAUUAUGAUUUCUUUUGUUAAAUCUUCAAAUUGCACCAGUUAGUAAUAAAGAUGUUAAAAUAUAAAAAUCAAGAUUUGUUCUGCUUUUUUAUUGUAUCCACCUGUUUCUUGACGUAAAUGUGGGCGCUGCCAUCUUUGAGCUUUCCUGUUUAUGACUUCCGUUGAGCCACUAAAGCUAAUGGAAGUCUAUUGCAAAGGACACAAGUGUGGCGUUUUGACUGGCUGUUUAAUGUUUAUUAUGAAAUCCAGGAAGACCGACAUAAUUUGUGCAGUUAGGGGUUGCCAUAAUAGCUAAUACAAACGCAGUAAAUCUCUACAAAACAUUUGUUUUAACCAUAAUCCAUGCACAAGAACUGAAUGUGUAUGUGGCGCACAUGCACUCAUGAUCUGUAUUUACAAAUCCAUCCAGUGAAACCUUUCAUAGAAACUACCAGUGAACAAUAAAUACAAUAAUUGUUCAAAAACAACUAAUAUUAUGCUGAUAAAAAUAUGCUGAUUUAGCGGAUUUAUUUAUUCUGCUACUAUAUAUUAUUACAAAAAUGUGAUUACAGUACAGAAUAUAUGCAACAUAAUCUGCUUAGUUAAUGUUUAUAUUUAAUAUGUUUAUUAUUCAAAUAACUUACAAUGUGUUGAAUGAGAAAGAUACUGCUGACAGUGUCGGACUGCAUCGGACUGUGUGUAAAAUGUUGUAACAUUUUAAACUGAAAAAGUUAAAAACACGAAGUCUUGGUAAAUUCCAUGUAGAAACACUUGACUGACUUUCCCAUUGUAAAGAUACUGGUUUGUCUCUGUGCUUUUAUAUUCAUGCAUUAAAGACCUGUCACCUCCGAUCAAAACACGAAAUUAUUAUGUAAUGUUCAGUGAACAUGCAAUAAAAAAUAAACACAAAAAGAUUAAA